AUGGACCGCAAUGAUGGUAUCAUCCGAUGGUCGCCUAACACUUCGCGCGACCAAUUCAUGGUCUUGAACCUCAAUUAUCGAAUUGUUCAAGUAUAUGAGGCCAGAGGCCACGCUCAACCUGGAAAGUUUGACUAUGAGUGUAUCUCAAAACAUACAGAGCUUCCUCCUAUCAACACAUACGACUGGUCGCCUGCUGUCCAGGGACUGGUGGCGGUUGGCACCUCCCAUGGCGAAGUACAUCUUCUUCGGGUAGAUGAUGACUCGAAUGCUUCGACGACGCUCCCUUUGAAGCUUCAACGUUCAUGCCAGUCGGUGGCUUUCAACACCCAAGGUUUGCUUGCCGUGGGUCUGGACAGAAUUCGGAAUGACUCCUGUCUUCAGAUAUGGGAUGUUAACCAGCGACUGGGUGACUGGGACGCCAAAAGACCUGGUUGGAGCAGCCUUCCAAAUAUGAUACCCGAGCCAAGAAAGAAGCUAGAAGGCAGCGUGUCUAUAACGAGCGUAAGAUUCUUCGAGGACCAACCCCAGACAUUGGUCGUUGGCGUGAAGAACCAAAGCGUGCGAAUUCAUGAUCUCCGAGAUCCGAAUUCCAGCGUCCUGAAUUACCAAACUAGAUGUAACAAUAACCUCGCAAUCGACUUCGCCGACACCAACUAUUUUGCGUCCUCCUCUUUAGACCAUCCCGGACUUGUUGUGUGGGAUCGUCGGGUUACAAACAGGUCUACGGCAUCCCCAAUGUAUCUUGAAUCUAUUGAUCAAGAAGAGGUUCCUUGGGGUGCAGCACUAAAGCUUGAUCGUGUGAUAAUGACCGAAAAGGGUGUUCAUAUUAAACAAUUACGGUACUCACGCGAGCAACGUGGAAGUCUAGGCGUCUUAUCGUCCGCUGGUCAGCUCCAAAUACUGAAGACGGGUCGAGAAUUUAUUGAGCCCGAGUCUGUGAAUGACAUUCGUGGCAGUCCCGAACUGCUUGAAGUCAAGAAGUCCAUCGACCUUGAAUAUGCCUCGUUCGAUCCCGACCACACUAAACGACCAGAGGAGCGUAUUGUGUCUUUUGAUUGGUUAAACCUUGGAACUUCAGAUUUAGACCCUCGUGUCGUCGGCCUGCGGUCAAACGGUACAUUUGAAAUACUGCAGCUGCCAGCUGCGACGGCUGGGCAACUUUCUCAACUAGUCCCGUGGAAACCGCCGCGUCAAUUGAAUGACCCAUAUAUGAAUCUGUUACAUUUUGCCGACUCGAACGAGCAGGAGGCCAUCCUUGGCCCUUUAUUUGCAACUGCCGCCAAAGCGAAUGUACCACUCUUCGGACCAGACAGCUUUAAAAAUCCUAAAACCAAAAAGAAGAUGAUAAAUUACAUCAAAGCUGCAAUCCAUUCAGGGGAAGAUCCCGUAGUUGAGUCGCCAGCCACGUCGGAACAAGUGACUGCAAAUAUUGAUCCAGAUAACAAGGUAAAGGUAUUAGGAGCUAAAACUUCGAAACUUAGCUUAAACAAAUUAAGAAAGAACGAGGUCGAGAAUUUUCCGGACAAUCCUGUCGACAGUCCACCGCCUGAAAGACAAAAUUCGGCCGUCGAUCUCGCAAGAUUGGUCAAUUCGAACAAUGAGACGAGGGACUUUACAAUGAUCCGGCGGGCAACUGACGGGUACCUCUUCGACUGCGUAAAAAAUAUUGCACUUUUGCAAGAUGAUGAACGACUACAAAACGCCUGGUCGUGGGUCAAAAACGCAGAACUCAUCGCUGAUGACGACGGAAUGGUCUCCACGCCUCUAGACCUGAGCUAUAUGGGGGUGUAUUCUAUUUGGAUGAAUCAGCUCGGCGAGAAGACUGAUUCCAGACUGAUAGACAGUACCGUUGUACCUGAUAGUUCUCAGUGGGAACGCCUUAUCGGGACAAUGAACAGACGUAACAGAAUACCUGACUUUGAAGGCCACGCGACGGAAAAGCCAAACCAUCGCCAGCUAUGCCUAGAGGUCUGUGGUCUUCUAAAAAGCCCAGAAGACCUGGAAGGAGAGUUAAGUCAGCUCUUGGAAGAUGAGCUUUAUGUUGUUGCAGCAGCGCGUGCGCUUUUUGAGGGUUUGCCAGAGCGUGCUGUAGAUAUCCUGAAAACUGGUGGUUCGUACCUGGUAUUCGUUGCAAUGGCUCUGGACAUCAAGAUCAAGAGUAAGGAUAUUUCCAGCCUUGACGCUAUUGACUGGGACAAGGUUUUAGAGAACCACCCGGAGAUGGCGGCGAAUCCAUAUCUUCGGGCUAUAUACGGAUUCAUUACAGCUGGCGACUGGGAAGGUAUUGCCAAUGAGACCUCCCUUCCACUACAAGAUCGAGUCGGGGUGGCCUUUCGGAAGUUUGACGAUGUAAAGCUUACGGAAUGGCUCGAAAAGGAGAUGGAAGAAGCGAUAAAAAAUGGGGACCCUGAGGGUAUAUUCUUGGCCGGUAUCACGGAUGGCAUGGUCGACAUCUUUGCUAAACACGUCGAGAAAUUCAUGGACUACCAGUCGCCAAUCUUAAUCAUGUCAUUCUGUUACCCUCGAUACAUCAGUGAUGUUCGAUGCGGAUCUUGGCGAAAGGCUUACCAAGACCUGCUCCAGCGCAACAAGAAAUAUAUCUUACGUGUAAUGUUUGAGCAACAGUCCACGAUCAAAAGUCGUACGAGGGAUGGAACGCCUGUCAUCAAACCACCACCAAGACAAGUCACAAUUCGCUGCCUGAACUGCGACUCCGCAACCAUCAAUGAUCUUGCGAAUACUGGCGGGGCUACCAGCUCAGGCACAGGACCUUCGACCACAACGGUUGAUACCCGUAAUCCUCUCAUUGCUUCAGGCGUGAAUGCAGGCCUUUGCUGCCCUCGUUGCGGAUCCCAUCUUCCUCGAUGUGCUUUGUGCAUGGAGUUUGUAGGUGUACCUCGAUCAGACCGACCAGAGUUAUCUACUGAUCCAGCUGUUCGUCGUAUGGCUAACUUUCCAACAUUCUGCUUGAAGUGCAAGCAUGUCAUGCACAUGGAUCAUUCCGUAUCAUGGUUUGGCAGGCACGUAGAAUGUCCAGUGCCAGAAUGUCGUUGUCAGUGCAAUGAGGUUACCAAUAGACAGUAA